AUGUCUACAUUGUUAAUGGCCAUUUCUGUGCUGAAGUGGUUCUGGGGAAGCAUUCAGAUGGACGCUCGAGCUGGAGAGUCCAUGUACCUGUAUGAAAAGAACGACAGUCCCACGAUGAAGAAAGCCGUGUCCCUGCUAUCUCUCACCACUCCCACUUCCAAUCGCAAGCGCCGGCGUCUCAGGGACACCCUUGCUCAGCUCACCAAGGAAACGGAGAUCUCCCCCUUUCCACCACCACGUAAAAGGCCGUCAGCAGAGCACUCCCUGUCUAUUGGCUCUCUGGUGGACAUCUCCAACACCCCUGAAACCUGCAAGGCAUUAGGAGAAGACAGAUUAGAGGACAGUACUGUGACCAGGGCUAGGAUAAGAAGAAGGAAAACCAGAGAAAGGAGGUCUAGGUCAGGCAGGGAAAAGAGGAGAGAAAGGUCCCACAGGAGUGCUGGUCAGCAAACCUCUGAAGAUCAGCUGCAAGGAACGUGUGCAGAGAGUUCAAAACCUUCUAAAAGUUCAACUCCGGUGGUUUCCAAGCAGUCAGCCAGGUGGCAGGUCUCCAAGGAGCUCUAUCAGACCGAAAGCAACUAUGUAGACAUCUUAAACACCGUCCUGCAGCUUUUCAAGCAUCCAUUAGAAAAAGAGGGCCAGGUCGGUGGGCCCAUCUUGGCCCAGGAGGAAAUUAAGACCAUCUUUGGCAGCAUCCCAGAAAUCUAUGAGGUUCACACCAGAAUAAAGAAUGACCUUGAGGAGCUCCUCACAGACUGGUCAGAAGGCAGAAGUGUUGGAGACAUCAUUCUCAAAUACUCUAAAGAGUUGGUGAAGGCCUAUCCCCCAUUUGUAAACUUCUUUGAGAUGAGCAAAGAAACCAUUGUUCGAUGUGAAAAACAGAAGGCCCGUUUCCAUGCUUUCCUCAAGAUCAACCAGGCCAAGCCAGAGUGCGGCAGGCAGACACUUGCAGAGCUGCUCAUCAGACCAGUGCAGAGACUGCCAAGUGUGGCCCUCCUCCUCAGUGACAUAAAGAAACACACAUCAGAUGACAACCCAGACAAGAUAACUCUGGAAAGAGCAAUAGAGUCCCUAAAGGAAGUGAUGACACACAUCAAUGAGGACAAGAGGAAGACUGAAGGCCAGAAACAAAUCUUUGAUGUUGUCUAUGAAGUUGAUGGAUGUCCUGCCAACCUGCUGUCGUCCCAUCGCAGCCUGGUGCAUCGAGUGGAAACCAUUGCUCUGGGAGACGAGCCAUGUGACCGCGGCGAACACGUCACACUCUUUCUCUUUAAUGACUGCCUGGAGAUUGCCAGGAAGCGUCACAAAGUGAUCAAUACUUUUAAAAGUCCAGUGGGGCAGACCAGGCCUCCCCCUCCGCUGAAGCACAUCGCUCUCAUGCCGCUGUCGCAGAUUCGCAGAGUGCUGGAUCUGCACGACACUGAAGAAUGUGUAAAUGCAUUUGCCCUGGUGGUCCGUCCCCCCACUGAACAGGAGAACUUGUUGUUCAGCUUCCAGCUGGUCGGAGAGGAAAUGGUUAAACGUGACUGGCUGCGUACUCUGUGUCGUCAUGUUGCCAACACCAUCUGCAGAGCUGAUGCGGAGGAUCUGAUUCAGUGCACAGAGCCAGACUCACUGCAGGUCACCACUAAGGAUAUGGACAGCACACUAAGCAAAGCUUCCAGAGCCAUUAAGAAGACCUCAAAAAAGGUAACAAGGGCGUUUUCUUUCACUAAGACCCCCAAGCGUGUCCUCCAGAGGGCCUUCUUGGCUAACACCACUCCAGAUGAGAAAAGUCAGAGGCUGAGCUGUGAGAACCGGGUCUGCAGCAGCUCAACGUUGACUGGACCAAUCUGUGGCUUUGUUUUUGCUGGGCUUGCCUAAAAUCUUAGAGAUCAAAAUAAUAUGGUGAGUUGUUCCUCUGAAUGGAA